GCCAACAGAUUAUUUACAUAUAUGCUAUGAUGCAAUUUUAACCACACAAUUAUACUCUGCACAUGAAGAGUUAACGCAUUUACCUCCUGACUUUGGUACUUUGCAUACACAAGUGGAACAAAUCCUGCUUUGAAUUCACCACCACUCAUUAGCAGCUAUUACCCAGAGAACAGUGAUUACAACUUAGCAUGUACUACCUACUGGACAGGACAAUCUGACCAUGGUUAAAAUGUAGACAGAUAGUUUAUACUAGGAAAUCAUUAACUGAGAAAAGAAAGACGACACAUGUAAAACCUUGGAGAAAAUAUAACAAGGUGGGAUAAAUGUAUAUUUUUCAGUGUGUAGACCAAGUGACUAAACACACUCACACUGAAUUAAUGAAGCAAACAAAAAAAAUGUCAAAAAAUGAUGUAGUUAUUAUUAGAAAACUUUCCUCACUUGAACAUGUAGGUGAGAUACUUUUCCAUAUUUUUAUAUAUAUACUUUUUUAUUCAAUAAUUGCUCCCAAACUCCAGCUCCCAGGUUCCCACUUGUGCGCAUCACGUCAGAAAGAUAACAACGAAUCAAACAGCUCUGACUGAGUCCCUGUUUUCGCCUUGACAGAACUCAUUGCGAGGAACCAGAGACUUUUGGAAAAACGUCAAAUAAACCUCUACUAAUUAUUUUUACUAUAUAAAAGAACUGAAAUGUGUCAUAAUAGCUGAAUGUAAGUGAAAUGCGCCCGCCGUUGCAAAAAUCAUUUGCCAACUGUAGAAUUGUGUUUUCCACUGCAGAGUGAGUCAUCCUCCCUUAUAUAGACGAUCUUGUUCAGUGCGCGUGCUGCUGCAUUGACCAAUCAUGUGCGUGCGGGUAGCCGUUGGGGUUUGAAUCGUCGUCAGAAAACAGCGGCAGAUGAGAUGACAGCAGUGGCAGCUUGUUGCACUCGCAGAUUUUGUUAGCUAACUACACAUUGCCCAAACACCUUUCAGGAGUACCAACUAUCACGGACAGAAAAUGUCAAAAAAACAGAUAUUCUACUCUGAUAAGUACAACGACGACGAGUUCGAGUACAGACAUGUCGUGCUUCCAAAGCAUCUGUCUAAACUGGUUCCCUCCUCCCAUCUGAUGACAGAAGAUGAAUGGAGAGGACUCGGUGUGCAGCAGAGCCAGGGCUGGAUUCACUACAUGAUCCACAAACCAGAGCCACACAUACUGCUCUUCAGAAGGCCUCUUCCAAAGGAUUAAAGGGAAACCAUCCAUAAAAUACCUGCUAUUACCUUUACUGAGUUGUGUUUAUUGUUUCUGCCUACAUAUAUCUCUAUGUAUGUUAUAAAUUGUUGUUUAGAAAAUCUGUACUUUAUCUUUUUUUUUUUUUUUGCUGUUGUUUCACACCCUCAAUUUUUAGAGGUAAUGAGAGACAAAUUGCUUUGAUUUGAUUCCACUGUGAAUGAUAACAUAAGUAUGAAGGUGAACAUUUGCCUGUCAAUUCUACACUUCUAACACAUUUUUUAAAAAAUGUUUUAAGAUCUUAUUUUGUCAAGAUGAAUUUGUUUUGGUGGUUCUAUGAGCAUAUGGUUUUAUUUUGCUCAACUACCUAUUUCCCUCAGUCUUUUCUGUUUUUGAACAUUGCCUGUUCUUUAAACUGAUGUUUGUGUUAAUGUGCAUAUAUUAUUUCUGUGUAACAUACUUUUGCCAUACUUUUUGAGUUACAGUUGAUUUGAUCAGUUCUUUGUUACUCAGAGAACAAAUUAAAAUACACUUCUACAUA